ACUAAUUUGGAAAAUCCUCCUUCUAUUUAGGCUAUUAAACUAUAUUUCCUCCCGUUAAUUACUAUUUGCAUGCCCUAAAAUCACCUGAAUAAUAAUUCUUUUGAGGUAACAAAUUUGUCCACUUCAUCUCCUUAUCCGAUUAAGCCACCACUGCGUGGAACUUCCAUCCUGUUAACCGGACAUGAUGGAAAACUCAACAUGGGAGCAAAAACUCAAUGUCUUAACCCACGUCUUAACCUACCCAACAACCACACCACCUCUUCAUUCCCAGUACUUCGUAGCCACCCAACUCCCCUGCUACCUCAAUUGGGAUUACCCACCGCUUCUCUGUCGCCACGCCUCCGCCGCUUCGCAGCCUCUCCUCUUGAAGUGGGCUUUCUCUCAAUUCCUCAAAAGGGUGUCAAGAUUUGGGCUCCCUCACACCUCCUGGCGGUCCAAGUGUCCAUUUCAGCAGCCGCCACCACUGGUACUGGCCAAGGGAGUGGAGGAAGCACGGUGGGGUGAAGAAGAAAGGAGACAAUAUGUGUGGAAAAGAUUGAGAAGGAAACGCCUUGGGAGUAAUGUUAACCCUAUUAUUCCAAUUCUACUCCCAAAUCUCUUGUUGUUCUUAUUUUUGUUUUGGGAUCCGAUCCCUCUCGAUGAGACCUGAAUUAUUGAGAUAGGUGAAAGCUGUUUGAUUUCUGUAAAUUUUGUUAUUUUAGUUUGAGUUUUGCUGCUCACUUGGGCCUGUCAAAUGCCUUGUUAGAAUAGCAAAACUCCCUUCAAUUUGUAUUGGAGAUAAAUACUAUUUAUGUUAAUUUAUGUAGCACAAUUUUUAAGGAAUUUAUGUUGUCUUGGAGA